UCACCCAUUCAUUGUUAGCCUUUAUUCAAGGAUCUCUUUCUCUAUCUUCCUAUCUCAUUCUCUCUCUUUAUUCUUCAUCAUUUCUCAAAACUAAUCUUCUCCUCUUUCUAUCAAUUGUUUGGCAAACGCAACAAAUUUGCUACAAAAUGGCGAACGCUGCGUCAGGAAUGGCUGUGGAUGAUGAGUGUAAGCUAAAGUUUCAAGAGCUAAAAGCAAAAAGAUCAUACCGAUUUAUUACCUUUAAGAUUGAAGGCCAACAAGUGGUGGUUGAUAAGUUUGGGAUGCCAGAUGAGACCUACGAUGAUUUUACCAACUCUUUGCCUGCUGAUGAAUGUCGUUAUGCCGUUUUCGACUUCGAUUUCACCACCGAUGAGAACUGCCAGAAGAGUAAGAUCUUCUUCAUUGCCUGGUCUCCAGACACAUCAAGGGUAAGAAUGAAGAUGGUGUAUGCAAGCUCAAAGGAUAGGUUCAAGAGAGAACUUGAUGGGAUUCAAGUUGAAUUACAAGCAACAGAUCCAAGUGAAAUGAGCUUUGAUAUCAUUAAAUCGCGAGCAUUAUAAUUAAGCAACGUCAUUGAGCAUAGUUGACAACUAUUCUCACUUAAUCAUCGAGUUUAAUUUGCUAAUUCUAUUUUGUUGCUCUUUAUUUGUGACUUGAUAAGCAUUGUUGCUUAAAAAAAAAAAAGAAAAACUAAUAGGGUUCAAAAUGUUUUUUCAUUAUUGUUUUCAGAAACAAAAUUUUAAAAAUGCAAAGAUGUAACAUUAUGUUAUGCACUUUAUUCAUUUUAUGUUAUAUCGAUUGUGUAU